CCAUAAUUGGCAAUAACAAAGCAAAAUCUAUUCCCUUACUUUCUCCUUUUAUACCAUCAAACCAUAUAAACAACAUACUCUCCCGCACACACCAACCCACCACCAGCCCUACAACGCUACUUUAGCAGCGAUCAGCUACAACCAAUGCAAUGCCGCCUAACAACGAUUCCCAGUCGACUCAUCUGCUGACGACCCACGAACUCGACGCUCUCAGCAAACUUUUUGACGUGAAGAAAAAGCAACUCGUCUGCAACAACGCCCAAUGCUCCACUUCGGCUAUCUGCCGUCACGGUACUACCAAAAAUACCUCGCCGCCCCAACCUCAAUUUCGUUGCACCAACUGUACCACUGUGUACACUGCUCACCAGAUGCAACAGCUCCUCAGUCACCUCAACGUUCCGCCACAGCACCAUACAGGUACCAUAACCCCCACAUUGCCCCCUCACGAUGCAAACAUGAACCUUGAAGCUACCACCCAACCCUUCACAGACUUUAUAACCCAUGUUAUGAAUGAGCUGAAGACACAGCGCGAACGCCUUGACCAACACGACAUGAUGUAUGCCGAGAUACAGCACCUCAAAGCAGACCUACAAACAGCCAAUGACCACAUCGUUGAUCUCGAGGACACCAACCGCCAACGCUGACAGCAACUUGCACACCAACAAAUGGG